UUCAAACUUAUCCUUAGACUACACCAACAAUACGUAAUGUUCAUUACUCAAAUGAAAAUCCCCUAAGACUAAAAGUGCUCUACAAGAUAAUAGAUUAGUCAAAAUAAUCAAUAACUCAGUUGAUAACGUUAUCUAUACUCGACACACCGCAAAUGUUUUGCCAGUGUUAAAGUGUCAUUCGUAGCGAGAAUUAUUUUAAGUCUUUUGCGUUAUAAAAUUUUCUAUUUUGUCGUAAAUCAAUGGCAGAUGUGCGUCGUAACGGUGAAACAUUGAAAAAGAGUCACUUCGCGAGGCUACACGAAAGAAUAAUAAACAAAUAUGAGGAAAUGCAAAGAAAAAUUGAAAAAUCCAAAUCAGUUGACUCGCUGUCAUCACUCAAAGAAGAUUACGUCUAUAAGGAACCGAGAUACGCGAGCAGUGCUGACAUUAAUAAGUUCGAUACGGCAACCGAUAUGCCGUUACUAAAAAAUAGUGUAAAACAUAGUGUCAUUGAAGAAGAGGUUCAAAAAAAUAGUGCCACAUUCCAAUACGUUAUCGCAAGAGAAUGUAGUAUUUCCGAAUCCGAAGCUCUUACACCGUUCGAAAACAAACAUGAAAAUGACUACGACUCAGAUUCAAAUCGGUUUUUUGGAGAUGAUUUCUGCAGAUUGAGUCUCGAAUCUUUGAACGAAACGACUAAAGAAAGUGAUGAAUAUCCCACUCCAACACACACGCCUCCCCCAGCUAUUUCCAUACGGGAUAAAAUUGGUUCACGCAUUACAGCUGUAAAAGAAAAACGUCGACAAAAAGAGAAAGAAAAGGAAAAAGAAAAAGAAAAGGACAGUGAGAAGAAACUAACUCGAGACAAAGUGGAAAAGUUUAUAUUCAGUAAUACCACUAAGCAGGACCGAGUAAAAUCAUUGAAAAGAACAAAAGUGGCAACUGUGACGAUCGCUUUAAUUGAAGCCACUGGCUUGGAAACAGACAUCUUAGAGGAAAAAAUUCGUCUAUUGUCCUGUCGUUUUCGAUUGGGUUCAGAGAAAUACAAGUCAAAAGUCGCAAGAACAAACACAUCGAAAGCUAAAUGGCAAGAAUUGUUCAAUUUCAAUUUAUACGAAGACAAUAUUGUGGAGCUGUCUCUCUGGGAAAAAGACUUUUGUGUCGGCAGAUCAAAUAUUGACUUAACCGAAAUGGAAAGAGAGAGGACACAUAAAAUGCGCAUCAAAUUGGAGGGCGAAGCAGGAAAUGUGGAAAUAUUUCUACUUCUAACAAUAACUGGUUUCUCAAUUAUUAGUCUUGACGAUUUUCAAGAAACUCAGAGAAGAUUAACACAGGGCCUAGAAAAAUCUUCUAAAUCAAAAUGUGAAUCUCCAGGAGUAGGCAGUUUGACUGUUAUAGUGUACGGUGCUAAAGGACUAGCGGGCAACGAGUGCCAUUGCGUUUUGGAAAUCGACAAUGAAAGAGUACAGACGCAUACUGAAUUCAAAACUAAUGACCCUAACUGGAUGAAGAUCUUUACUUUUGAAGUGACGGACAUCACCUCAAUCCUAGACAUAUCCAUCCAUGACGAGAAGAAAUCAGAAGACGUAGGGUGUCUCUCAUUACCUUUGCUUCAUAUCAAAAGUGGUGAGAAGAAAUGGUACGCCCUAAAGGACUCUAGUCUAAGAGAUAGAGCUAAAGGGCAUAACCCAAGGAUAUUGCUGGAAAUGAACCUUAGUUGGAAACUUAUGCCUGCAUCGAUCCGUGUAAUAAACCCGAAAGAAGUUAAAUAUCUAGAAGCCAAACCCAAAUUAGAUCGGCACACGUUUUCAAAGAACUUAGCGAGAGCAAAAGUUGUUUUUAAUUGGACAUUAGAUUCUUUCAGUGUUAUGAAAACGUGUUUUGAAUGGGAAUCAACGAAAGUUAAUGUAAUAGCAUUGACAAUAUGGCUGCUCUUCUGUUGGUUCUUCAAAAUUUGGAUGCUGCCUCUAAUAUUGCUCAUACCCUUCUUUUGGUAUCGACCUCCGAAAUAUUUUCUUGUUCGAUGGAUUACCAACGAACGGACAGAUCACCUGAUGGAAGAGAAAAAAGAAUCGCUGAGACAGAAAAUAAACAGCUUGCAAGAAAUGGUGCAAAGUGUACAGAACUUUAUCGGUGCAUUCGCUAAUCUCGGCGAAAGUAUUAAAAAUCUGUUCAACUUCACAGUCCCGUUUCUCAGUCUGUUGGCGAUAUUCAUGAUACUUGUAGUGGCUUUCGUAAUGUUUAUGAUCCCUACAAAAUACAUAUUUAUGAUUUGGGGUAUCCACAAGUUUACAAGAAAAAUACUUCGGCCAAAUCGAGUUCCGAACAAUGAAAUACUUGAUCUAUUGUCCAGAGUACCUAAUGACGAAAUAUUGUUAAACUGGGAAGAGAUCCCGUUAGAAGAAGUACCCGAAGAAGAUGUGAUAAAAUAAUGAUCUGAUAGUUUUAAUUUAACAUACAUAAUAAAUCAUUUUAAUUAAUAUUAAUUUUAAAUUGUAAAUUGUAAAUAUUCAACAAG